AAACCCCACAGUCUUAUUUCCACCCACGAAACCGAAACACACAACUCCGGAAAUAUAUAAAAAUAUUCAAUAAUAUUGAAUUCGCUUUUUUAGUUCGCUUUUAAAAUAAUUUGAAACAGUAGUAAAUUGUAACCAAAACUUUUGGAACUCUCACAAAGACAUGGAAAGGAAAAGACCAGAAAGUUAUAAAGACCUGAGAAACCGCACAGUUUACUAUACUGAGCCGAAGAGAAGGAGGCGAGACUGCAGUCCAAGUGAGCCAGUUGAAGUCCAUGGGGAUCCUCAAAUCAAUGAAGGUCUCCAAAUCAAUGAAGAUCCCCAGAUCAAUGAAGAUCCCCAAAUGGAUGAAGGUCCUCAAAUCAAUGAAGGUCUCCAAAUCAAUGAAGAUCCCCAGAUCAAUGAAGAUCCCCAAAUGGAUGAAGGUCUCCAAAUCAAUGAAUAUCCCCAGAUCAAUGAAUAUCCCCAAAUCGAUGGAGGUCUCCAAGUCAAUGAAUAUCCCCAGAUCAAUGAAUAUCCCCAAAUCGAUGAUGGUCUCCAAAUCAAUGAAGAUCCCCAGAUCAAUGAAUAUCCCCAGAUCAAUGAAUAUCCCCAAAUCGAUGAAGGUCUCCAAAUCAAUGAAGAUCCCCGGAUCAAUGAAUAUCCCCAAAUCGAUGAAGGUCUCCAAAUCAAUGAAGAUUUCCAGAUCAAUGAAUAUCCCCAAAUCGAUGAAGGUCUCCAAAUCAAUGAAGAUCCCCAGAUCAAUGAAUAUCCCCAAAUCGAUGAUGGUCUCCAAAUCAAUGAAGAUCCCCAGAUCAAUGAAUAUCCCCAGAUCAAUGAAUAUCCCCAGAUCAAUGAAUAUCCCCAAAUCGAUGAAAAUCCACCCCAAGUCGGCGAUGGAGGACCCGAAGCCGAAGCGAAUAACCAAGGACGCUCGAGACUUCAAAAGAUAAGGGGUUCCUGCGUAAUACUCUAGAGGCCCAUCUCUCUAAAUCGGGGAAAAUCAUUGUGGAAAAUAGUGUAGAUAGUGAGACAGACGAAUCCGAACCCAAGUCAGUGGAGAUAUAGUAGUCGAAAAAUAGUGCGAUGCCAAGUGAAGUAGUUAAAACUAAAGCACAGCCCCAAAAACAAGUUAAUAUUUCUCAUUCCAAAGCAGAAGUUCAUACGAUGAUUUCUAUAUAUUUUGUAUAAUGUUCAUUUUGUUUACACGGGCAGAGGUCGAAAGUGCCUUUGAACCUGUGUGUGCCACCGACUGAAACAAAAAGCCACGAUGCCGGCACAAAGGAGCAGCGGCAGGUUCUAAGGACUCAAAGGAACAGCGAACUCUCAAUUUGGAAUCGAACCAAUUAGUUGUCCUUUGUGCGCUGGCACCUUUGUCGCCUGGAUUUCGCAAACAGCAACGUUUAUGAUUUCCAUUUUCCCAUGGCCCAGUGACCCAUUUGCCAUGGCUUUUCCCCAGAUUGCCACUGUUUUACGGUGGCCAAGGCGGCGAGUCCUGUUACGGAGUCGAGGAUCCUUUUCCCUUUUUGCAGUUGUGAGCCGUGGAAGGAGCGCAGCGGGGCGUGCGGUGCAAAGAUCAGAGGAGCGACCCGCCGCGGGGCGCCCUCAACUGAUGAUCAUUUCGACACCCCAUUUAUGCGGCGUUCUCUUUUCUUGUUUUGCUCCUCUGCUUCCCUUUGGCCCGCUCCUGUUCGCCAUGCACUGGGAGAAAAGCAAUGGAUAUGCGCCAUGUCGUUCUUAUGUGAUUAAAAUUGUUAAUUGUCACGCACAACAAAUCGUUUAGCAUUAAUGUAGUUAGCUUAAUAACAAAUAUGUGUAUCUUGUUUAAA